AUGGCAGAACCAAGACCAUUUAAAAUAGUGUUUUUAGGUGAUACUGGUGUCGGAAAGUCAUCGUUAUUCUAUAGAUUAGUAUUCAAUAAGUUUAAUCAAGAUUAUAGACCUACUACAGGUACUGAUUUCUUAAGUAAAUCAUUUUAUGUUCGUGAUACUGUUUGUAAUGUACAGCUUUGGGAUACAUCUGGUCAAGCGAAAUAUUGGUGUCUGACAGAGAUGUUUUGGAGAACGGCAGAUGCAGCGAUUCUGGUGUACGAUGUUUGCAAUGAGAUGCUUGGCAAUCAACUCGAUAUUCAAGCGGACGAACAACUACAGAAACAGAAACAAGUGAAAUAUGAAACAGCUCAGCAGUGGUGUAAAGACAACAAAGUGAAACUGUUCUACGAGGUAUCGGCAAAGGAGUCGACCAACCUGAAAGAAUCAAUCGUUAAAUUAUUAGAAACUUUAUUAUUAGAUCAAUCCAAUAUAGAUGAAAACUCACAAGAUAAUGAAACAAUUGAAUCACCUUUAUUACAAUCGAGCAGAAAUAUUAAUCAAUUAACACCAAUGCCGAUGUCACCACCGUCGAAAUCAAGUCCUACAUGUCAAGAUACAGUAAUUAAUCAAAAUGUAUAA